AUGGCGGCCUCGGAGCGCAGGCUCCCGAGUCCCGAAGCGUUCGUGGGCCAGUCUUGGAGCAGCUGGAUCGAGCGGGCGGAGGCGCUGCGGCUGUCGGACGAAUCGGAGGAUAGUGGCAAAGAUGUGAGAAAGAAGAUUGAAACAAUGAGGCUCAUUAGAGAAGAUAUGCCAAUCUUUGGUCAUUGUCCAGCCCAUGACGAGUUCUUCCUUGUGGUGUGUAACCAGUGUGGACAGGUAGUUAAACCUCAGGCAUUCCAGAUGCACUGUGAGAGAAGACAUGGGUCUCUGAACAAACUAUCAGCACGAAGACCUCCUGCCUUGAAUUCCCCAAACUCUAUUGUCCUGCAGAAAUCGCGAUCCAACAGUGUGCAAACUGCUGUGACCUCUAACCAUGGCACCAGUUCCUCCAAAGAGAAGCUACAGAGCCCUGGUAGCAAGGUGCUACAGUUAGACGUGCCUUCAAAGGGACCAAAAGAAAAUCUCUGCUUGUUUGUUCCUGUGGUGAACCUGGAAAAGAUCCCGACUUUCAGAAAGACGGACAGCUCCUGCAUCAAGCUGAGCUCAAAGCUUCCGGCUGUUUCCUUGUCCCCACCCAAUCCCACUUUGGCUCCCAGUAAACCCAGUCCGGUAGCCGUCGUUGAACCUGUAGCAAAGGCGCUGGCGGGGAGCGCACUCUCCAAGGUGGCUGAUUCUCUGCAGCCAUCCACGGUAAUUCAGAAUGGGAAAGGGGAGCGGUCUCCCCCACUGGAGGAACCAACGCUCAGCAACAGGAAGAACAGCCAUAAAAUCCACCGAAGAAUUGUAGAGAAAGAAAGUGACCUCAAUAAGCACUGCAGCGUCAUGGACCCAGACACCAAGAAACACUGCACACGUUCACUAUCUUGUAAGACUCAUUCGCUGACACAGAGGAGGAGUGUACUGGGGCGCCACCUUGCCUUUGAUGAGUUGCUGGCAGAACAUCGGGCAAGUUUGAAGAACAAGGAGACUGGUAAAGAGAGAAAGCUGCAGGCUAAGGAGACGGUGCCGCUCUCUCUGGGUCAGGAGGCCGCUCCAGGUCCGGUGAUGUUGGGGAUCUCUCCAAACCGGCCAAAGCUUGCCGCCUGCUCUGGUGCAAGGGUGUUUUUGCAAAGCGAUCUGAUUGAAAAUGAGAAACCCUCUGAUCCUGUACCACAUCCCGAGCUCCCGUACCCUUUGUUCAGGUUUGAGAUGAACAGCCGGCUAUCGAGUGAGGAGAGUGAUGGGGAGAUGACCGAGGAAGCUGAGAAGCUGGAUUGUCACUAUUCACGCUUUCAUCCAAAGCCUCUGGCAUUUUGCACUUUUGGAAGCCGGAUGAUUAGUCGGGGCUGUUACGUCUUCAACAGGCGCUUUGAUCGUUUCCGUAUGGCCCUCAAUUCCAUGGUAGAAAAGCACCUGAAUUCUCAGAUGUGGAGAAAGAUUCCUCCAGCCACGGAUCCACAGAGCACGCCACUCGCUGCCCCAACUCCAGCCCCCUCCGCGCUUUCGCUCCCAUCUAUUUCGUCUGUUUCCGGAUCUCUGUCCGCCUCAGCUUCUUCCCCGGGCGUGGAACUGAAAGUAGCAUCCUCGCCUGUUAGCCUUGUUGGAGCUCGAGGCCCUCCUGACCCACCGUCUGUGUGCUGCCGCGCACUCCCUCCGCUGACCCCUCCAGCCCGCAUUCCCUCCCCCUCUUUGAGUAGAUCACCCUGGGCUAAGAGCAGCCGGGCGCCUGGGUUUCACCUGGAGCCCGGUCCCAUCGGCGAUAUAUCUCUGAGCAAACACAAGAAACUGGGGUCUGCCUCCUGUAACCCGCUCCCUCCCUCCGAUUCCCCCCUCAAAAGAAACUGCGUGUUGAGUCUGGACAGGAUAAGUGCUGCCCCUCCUGGUGGGACAGCCCUCUACCCUCCUCACUCGAAUACCUCUUCACAUAGGGUGAGCAACGGACUCGGUGUCCAUGGACCCAAAGCAGGACGCUCAGGAUCGACCGCAAUUCUGGGCCUUUCAGGGAACUCCCUCAAAGGGAACAGCAGGACCGUAGAACAGUUUGAUCCCAAAAAGGAGGCCCGCUUGUGUGCAGCUCUCAACCCAGCUUCGCCCCCACAGCCCCCCACCUCCCCAGCACGGACCGAGGGCAGGAAACGGAAGAACGCAGCCUCCUGCUCGAAACCCACGAAAAUAGCCAAGGGCCCCGACGUCAGAGGCGUCCAGAGAAAGAGAGAGGAGAGCCUGGCAACAACACGACCUCACAGCAACUCUCACCCACACAAGGCAAAAGUGCGUCCAUGAGAACAAAUUGGUCCUAGUUUCCCGGAAAUGUCCAUCCAUCAGUUGCCACCUCCAGACCUUCGCUCACACAAACCAGACAUCGUCCAGGCUAUCGGGAAGUCUGCUGCGCCACAGGCUGUUUAUGCACAAAUCACUGCAGACCCUCACACUAGCCGCCUGAGUUGGUACGAACUAUUUUGUCGACCUUUGUGUCUGUGGCAGGAGUCACUGCACCUUGUCAUCCAUUUGUUUUGUUUGUUCUCUGCUUCCGAUCUGUCCACUCCGGGGUUACACCUUUGUGGUUGCUUAACGUGACAUCCUUGCUGUGCAGUGGUAGGAACAGGGGCAGUUUCCAAAUACGUGCCAAAUGGGUGGUGAGGUGCACAUCCAGUGAUUUGGCCUCCAGAACAGUGGAGAGUGAAGGGAAGUGUUCCGACCACAUCUUCAGUCUGGGUGCCCAGCAUCGGGCCCAGGUCUCCUGAUGGCAUUGUGCC